UCUCUUCGUUUCGCCACAUCUGACAAACAGGAUUUAGCUUCGUUACUGUUGUGCAAACUUUUUGUUUUGCGUUUUCCGAAAAGUGUGGAAAUUCUUUACAAAGAACGAGUUUCUGCUUUGGGCUAAUAUUAUUCAAUAAAAAUAUUGUUAAAAUGGGUGAAGCCGACGAUACAGCAAAAAAGGAGUACAAAGACAAUCUAAUCAAGAAAGCUGAAGAACUCAUCAUUAAAGGAUUCCCUGAAAAAAUUGUUAAGCUGAAUGAUUUGCUUUCAACUCCACAGUUUUCUGAGAGAAAUUUCUCCGAUGUCUACCAGGAUCUCAACAUUCCAGUGCCAGAUCCAAUUGAUCUAAACAAUGCCGAUGCGGAGAAACCCGAAUCUGACGAGCCAGCCGCAAAACGUCCUCGCGUUGAUUUGUCUACGAUUAGUGGCACAAAAGUAAUGGCGUUGCCAAAUGGCCGUGUUCAAUGUAAUACGCCAAUCUGUGAGCUGAUCGAAGUGGUUAAACCGGUUAUCCGUUCCCUGGUUGAAGAUUCUAAUCUGCUCAAGAUGUGGAUCUCAUUUAUGAUUCCUAAGAUUGAAGAUGGCAAUAACUUUGGAGUUUCAAUCCAGGAAGACACCUUGGCAGAAAUACAGUCGGUUGAAACAGAAGCGGCUGCUUUCUUCGAUCAAAUUUCUAGAUACUUUGUAUCCCGAGCGAAGAUAGUUUCUAAAGUUGCGAAAUAUCCACAUAUUGAUGAUUAUCGUCGUGCCGUUCAGGAACUUGACGAAAAAGAAUUUUUAAGUUUAUGGCUAGUAUUGAGCGAGGUAAGGAAUCGUUAUUGUUCAUUGCAUGACAUUGUCAUCAAAAAUAUGGAAAAAUUGAAAAAGCCCAGAUCAUCCAAUGCUGAAAGUUUGUAUUAAAUACGAAUAACUGAAAAGGGUGUUACGGUCAUUGACGAGAUACGGUGAAGAUUACAUUUUUCCAGUUUUAUUUUUUUAAACCUGAGUCACAUGAGAACGACGGCACAUAGACAACGCCUGCAAACAAAAAAUUCCAACUUAAUUAUAUAGCUUUACGAUUGAUUUGUUUAAAUUUCCAGUGCCCCAGAACAUCAAUUCUUGAAAACAAUCGAUAGUUGCAAGAGAUAGAAACUAUUAAUAGUUACAGCAUUCAUGUUAAAUAAAGCAAGAAUGUUGUAUUAUUGCCGCAUACAAAAUAAGUACCAGCCUAUAAAUGUUAAAAUGUCUUUCGUAUUAUUUAAAUUCGACUGUCCUGCUGACAAGACUACGGUUAUCCUCACCCUGAUUUCCGGAAAAUGGCAUCAAAUAUACAUU